GCAUGGUUCGACGAGAAGGUAAUGUUAGAAUGGAUUGAAGAAUCUUUUAGACCUAACGUUACGGGGUUUUCUGUGCUACUACUGGACGCGCUCAAGACGCACAAGAUGGACAGUGUGCAGGGCGCUUUGGGCGACAUGGGCACGAGUGUGCACUUCGUUCCUCCGGGCUGCACUGGGAUAGCGCAGCCGCUUGACGUCGGAGUGAUGUCCCCGCUCAAGACGCAUCUACGCCAGUCCUGUGCCCAAGCCGCAGUACUACACGCGAUGCAAGAAAACUCGGUCGAGCGCCGCCGCUACAUGUUCGACCACGCCAUGCAAGCUCUGGGCAAGAUUACGCAGGACACAGUGCGGCACUCUUUCGACAAGGCCGGC